GCCAUCCCCAAUUACCUGCUGAGUUUGAGGCCAGUCUGGUCUACACUAGAUUCUACCUCAGAAAAACAAAACUACUUAAAACUUUUUCUUGAGUUUUACUUAUAAGGAGGAAAUUUGAUUAUGAAAUACUAUGUAAUGACAUGGACAGUAACUCUAGUUCUCUAACAAACCUUUACACACCAACAAACUUCAAAGGCUGAGCUGCUAUAGGAAGCUAGUAAUAAGUCUUGCAAAACCUAGUAUGAUUUUUCCAGUUCCCAAAAGCAGUGCCAAUGUUUUUUAUUUCUUUUCUUUUCUUCCCUUUUUUUUUUUUUUAAAGAGUCCUCACUGUGCUGAACAAGGUGGUACCUACCAUCAACCUCAGCACCCAGGAGGCAGAGGGAGGAGACUUUUUUUGAGUUCGGAGCCAGCCUGGUUUACAGAGGAAGUUCCAGAUCAGCCAGGGUUACAGAGAGACCAUGUUUCAAACACCACCACCCAGAAACAGAAGUAAGGAGAGAGAGUCUCACUGUGACGUAAGCUGACUAGAAUUUGCUGUGUGGCUCAGGCUGGCACUGAACUCUUAGCAAUUUCCCUGCUUCGGCCUUCUAACUGUUGGGAUUACAAAUAUGAGGUACCACACCCACCUUCAACACCCAACCCCUAAGAAUUGUAAAAAUUCAGGGUUGGGGAGAUCAUUUAGUAUGUAAGGGGUUGAUCAUUAAACAUGAGAACCAGAGUUUUUUCCUCAGAGCCUGCUGGCCAAUCAAACAUCAGCUCUGGGCUGGAGAGAUGGCUCAGUGGUUAAGAACACCGACUGCUCUUUCAGAGGUCCUGAGUUCAAAUCCCAGCAACCACAUGGUGGCUCACAACCAUCUGUAAUGGGAUCCAAUGCCCUCUUCUGGUGUGUCUGAAGACAGCAACAGUGUACUCAUAUACAAAAUAAAAUAAAUAAAUCUUUAAAAACAAAAAAAAAAAAAAAACAAAAAAAAAAAAAACCAUCAGCUCUGGCUUCAGUGAGACCCUGUCUCAAAAGACAAAGUGGAAAGCAAAAGAGAAAGACACCUGACAUCUAUGGCCUCUGGAUGCAUAUGCAACCUGCACACAUCACACAUACACAAGUAAAAAAAUCCAGAAGGGGACAUUAUUUUCUAUGUAGCUUUGCAGUGCAGGAUAUCAUGUAACCCAAGCUGCUCCCCCCACCCCCUUCCCCCUUUUCCAGCUACAGCUGGCCUUGAAUUCCUGAUCCUCUGGCCUUAAAUUUCCUCAUGGUUAGAGCUACAGCUGUUUGACACAUCUAGCCCCUAUCCCUUUUUUGUUUUGAGAUGAGGUCUCUCACUAUGUAGCUCUGGGCUUGGAACUCAAUAUGUAGACCAGGCUGGCCUUGAAUUCUCAAAGAUAUGCUGGCCUUUGAGAGUGCUGAGAUUAAAGGCAUGUUCCACCAAGUCCAUUUCUGUAUUUUUUUAAGUUUAAUUGGGCUGGAGAGAUGGCUCAGUGGUUAAGAGCACUGAAUGCUCUUCCAGAGGUCAUGAGUUCAAAUCCCAGCAACCACAGGGUGGUUCACAACCAUCUGUAACGAGAUCUGAUGCCCUCUUCUGGUGUGUCUGAAGACAGUGACAGUGUACUCAUCAUAUAUAAAAUGAAUAAAUAAAAUUUUUAAAAAAAAGUUUAGGGUUGGGGAUUUAGCUCAGUGGUAGAGCGCUUGCCUAGCAAGCACAAGGCCCUGGGUUCGGUCCCCAGCUCUGGAAAAAAAAAAAAAAGAUUUGUAAAAAAAAAGUUUAAUUUAUAUGAGUAUUUUACCUACAUGUGUGUGCACCAUGCACAUGCCUGGUACCGGAGGAGGUCAAAAUUGUGUUGGAUCACCUGGAACUGGAGUAACACACAGUUAUGAGGCACCAUGUGGGUGUUAAGUUACUGAACACGGGUCUCCUCUAAGAGCAGAAAGUGCUCUUAACCAUAAGCACAUACAAACUAUUACUGGUCUUCAGUGAAGGAAAACUACAUUCCUGAAUCCCACCCCCUGAGAGAAGCAGGUAGAUAUCUGUGAGCUAUGCCAGUCAGAACUGCAGUGAGACCUUUUCUUAAAACCCACAACAGGGCUGGAGAGAUGGCUCAGUGGUUAAGAGCACCCGACUGCUCUUCCAGAGGUCAUGAGUUCAAUUCCCAGCAACCACAUGGUGGCUCACAACCAUCUGUAAAGAGAUCCGAUUCCCUCUUCUGGUGUAUCUGAAGACAGCUACAGUGUACUUAUAUAUAAUAAAUGAAUAAAUCUUUAAAAAAAAAACCCACAACAGGCACCCACGUAUCAUGUAUGGUGAGAGCGCCUUUAGUCCAGGCAGUCAGGUGGAGAGCUGUGAGUUUGAGGCCAGCCUGGCCUACAUGGUGAGUCCCAGGGCAGCCUACACAUAUAGUGAGACCCUGUCCUGAACAAAAACCAAAGCCCCAAACCAAACCAAACCAAACAGUUUUCUACGCUGAAGCUAACCUUACGGAUUCUGGGACACAUCACGUAGAGGAAUGUGUGAGGAGCCAUCUCACCAUCUCUCUAGGGAGCUGACAAAGACAACUGGCUCCAGUCUCUAGAAGGCUAGGGAGGAAAUGAAUGGAGUUGGACGCCUACCUUAAGGCUUUAUUAUUUUAAUCAUGUGUCUGUGUGUGGGGUGCAGGAGCACGAGCAGGGGCUGGACUCCCUGGAGGUGGAGAGACAAGCAGUUGUGAGAACCCCUGAUGUGGGUGCUGGGAACUGAACGCAGGCUCCCUACAGGAGCACUUUGCACUCUUUACCACUGAGCCAUCUCUCCAGCACUGGAGGCUGCUUUAAACAUGGAAUUCUGCAUACCCAGAUAAUGCCGAUGCAACUUUCAGGCAACAGCAGAAAUCAAAUUUGGAACUGGAAGGAACAUCCUUUUAGUUCUUAAUGGUCACUUAGCCUAAUUAACAUUCAAACAAUCAGAAGAGAGUAAAAAAACCACACCAAACCAAACCCACACACGUGAUGGUGCACAUCUAACCCUUGCUUUGGCUCCUUAUUGAGUUCAUGGCCAGUCUGCGCUAUACAGUGAAUUCCAGGAUCGCCAGGGCUGUGCAAUGAGUCUGGUCUCCAGGAAAAAAGUGGGGUCCUGGGGGAUAAAUCAUGGGAGAAGGGAACUUACACACAGAAGCAUAAAUGUUUCAGAAGCAGGGGUUGGGGAUUUAGCUCAGUGGUAGAGCGCUUGCCUAGCAAGCGCAAGGCCCUGGGUUCAGUCCCCAGCUCCGGAAAAAAAAAAAGAAAACAAACAAACAGAAUUAGGGACUGAGGCAUUUAGGGCUUUCAUGAGCUACCAUCUCACCUUGCUAAAUCUAUUCUUUUUACUCAUGUUGUAUAUGAGCAUGCAGGUCCACGUGCAUGUGAAUACACAUACACACGUAGAUGGAGGGAGGCUGGAGGGUAAUCCUUGGUGCCAUCUAUCUGCACCAUUUCCCAGUCAGACUAUUUACUGGAGACAAACACUCUUACUUGUGGACUAGCCAAGUACACUCAGCAAACCCCAGGAAUCUGCCUGUCUGUCUCCCUAACACCCCCUGUCCUGACAAGGAUUUUUGUGUAGCCCUGGCUGUCCUAGAACUUGCUUUACAGACCAGGUUAACCUCAAACUCAGAGAUCUGCCUGCCUCUGCCUCCUGAGAAGAAAUGCCCACCACCUUUUGUGUAGGUCUGAGUGUCUGCCUGCAUGAAUACAUGUGCACCUCAUGCAUGCCUGAACUCAGACAAGAGCUCUGGAACUGGCAUUAGGCACAUUCUACUUUGUGGGUGCUGGGAAUUGAACACGGAUCCACUGCAAGGACAGCAAGUGCUCUAAACUGCUGAACAUCACUCUAGUCCCCCCCCGCCCCCCCUUUUUUUGAACUUGGGUUCUAGAGACAGAACUUAGGUCUUCCUGCUUAAAUACUCACUGGCUGAGCCAUCUCUCCCUCCCAUUGUUUGUGUUUUGAGACCGGGUCUUACUGUAACUCAGAUUGUUAUCUAGUCAAUCCACCUUGCCUCAGCACCCAGAGUAGGAUUACACCCAGGUCCUCCCAACUAUUUAAAAAUCAGGAAUGGAAAAGCUCAUGUGUCAUCCUUAAGUACUGUUGAGCCUUCAUGUAUAAAUGAGUAACAAACUUCUGCCCCCCAUAGUAAUGCUACUUAGUAGCAUCCAAAGGUUUAGCCAAAUUGCUUUACAAUGGAGGACAAGUCAGGAGACCUGAGGAUCCUCCUCUAAUAAACUCUUGACAGAAAACCACAAAGAUAACCCCUAGACCCCCUUUCAGCUGCUGGGCCUUUGACUCCCACCAAGUUCAGUGUCAGGCUUUCCUAACUCACUCAUCCUCCACCCCACUCUCCACUCCUGUGAAUGCUAUGCAAAGUGCUCUCCUGCCCAGCCACAUCCCCAUCUUUCUCAGACAGGAUCUUCAACCUGUAGCCAAGGUUAGCCUCCAACUUGUGGGUAAUCCUGCCUCUGCCUCCCAAGUGCUGGCAUUAACAUCAGCCCCCAUACCUAGCUCAUCGUCUCUUGAUCAGGGCAGUCAACAUGAAAAAAAAAGGAACUACAAGGAUGAGCACUGGACUGUGGCUUCAGUUAGAGUGUUGGAUGUCACCAAGAACCCUAGGCUAAGGUAGGUGGCCUUCCAAGAAAUUUAAGGCCAAUGAACUCUACAAAGUGGGUUCUAGGCCAUCUUGGACUAUAGAGCAAGGCCAUGACUCAAAAUAAAAAAAAAAAAAAAAAAAAGAAGAAGAAAAAAAAAAGAGUAGUUCACAGUUCUGAUUAAGAGCUUUAAUAGGGGCUAGGGAUGUAGCUCAGUGGACAGGAUAAUUGUCCACAAUGCACAAAGCCGUGGAUUCAAUCCCUAAUAUCACAUAAAUUGUGUAUGAUAGUUACAUUCCUGUAAUCUCAGCAUUCACAAAGUAUGGAUAGGAUGAUUAUGAGUUCAAAAGUUAUUCUUGGCUACAUAGAGAGUUCAAAGCUAGCAAGUGCUACAGUAGACCGUCUUAAUUAAUCUUAGUUGUGACUGAACACAAUGGUAUACACCUGAGAACACUGGAGGAGCUCAAGCAGAUAGUUUCAGGUCAUGGGCCAAAUAGUGAGAGCAAACAACGACAUCAUCAUCAUCACAAGAAGAGGAGGAAGAGGAAGAGGAGGAGGAGAAGGUAGUGAUGGUAGAAGAGGAAGAGGAAGAGAAGGAAGAAGAAGAGGACAACAGCCAUAAGGCUGUGUAAAGGCACUUGCUACUAAGUCUGACAACAGGAGUUGCAUCCCUGGAAACCUAGGCAGUGGGAGAACAGCCUUAUAAAUUCUGACCUCCACAACUGAGCAUGUGGAAACACAAAGGAAGUAAAUAAAUAGUAUUGGGUUUCAUGGUGUCUUCCUAUAAUCCAAGGAUUUGGGAGGUGGAGGAAGGAAGUUCAAGGCCAGCUUAAACUAAACGAGUUCAGGGUUAGUCUGGGCUAUCUGAAACCCUUGUCUCAAAGGAACAAGGGGAAAAACAAGCUGAUGUAGUAGCUCAUACCUGUAACACUAACACAUGGUUGAGGCAGGAGGAUUACUUCAAGUUUCAGUCCAGCCUGGGGUGGAGUUAAGACAUCUCAAAAAACCAAACCAGUCAAUAAUGAUCAGGUAUUGUUUGUUGUUUUGUUUGCACAGUAGACUUAAUUUUUUUUUCUUUCAGAGCAUCUGAGGUAUGGAGGGAAAAAUUAGUUACAACUAUGAAGCCUUUACCCCAUUUAAGACUGUUUUGAGAUAAGUCUCUGCUAGUGGCCCUGGCUGGCUGGCCUCAAAUUUGUAAGAGAUCCAUCACAUCCAGCCACAAACUUUUUGCCACAAACUUUUUUUUAUUAAUACAGGGGCAGUCCUUCAACCCUGAAGAAACUUUCAUGGGUCCUACAGUUGUUAAAGCAAAGGCCAGGAGUUAGAUCAUCUAUAACUAGCAGUAAAAUUCCAUUACGAGGUAUCCCAGAUACCAAUGGCUAGUUAACCACCUACUUCAGAGCCUUACCUGGACACGCUUCUAACUGACAGCUGAACUACAAAGCUAUCAUUUGAAGGUGUAGCCAGGACAUCUUUAGGAAACAAGAUAUUUAACCUGGAGUUCAGUAAGAGAACAUCACGUCAAACUCCAGCCUUUUUAAAUGCUGGCAGCGCUAUAAUGUUAGGUUAUAAGUUUAUUCUUUCAAAGGUCUCCCCAAUAUCCUGUGUAACACACAAAGUAGACCAAAACUUAAGUACCCUCUACAUCUACAUAAGAGAUGGCUCCAAUUACAAUGGAACAGUGGCACAGAAAAUACUUUCAUUAGUUUGUGGAACAAGAUUUUAAACGGGAUAUUGUGUAGACUUACAAAAAAAAAAAUCACAUUGGAAUUAACUCCCUUUGCCCUUGUAGCACAGCCAUUUCGCCCCUAAGUUACGGCUCAGAUUUCAAAAUGCAAACAGAUGUUUUUGAAGCAUCCGAAAUGGGCCACUCCAUUUCUAUUACUGGACUGUGGUGACUGAAAUUAUUUUCUGUCCCAAUCCUGCAAAGGGCAUAACCCCCAUCCCUUUGGCGUAAAAAUUUGAAGUGGGGCAGCACACUUCAGAUGUUUCCAAAAGUGGAUGGUGACGUUCGAGGUCAGGCCAUUGGGGGAGUCGGGGCCCGACGGGAAAAAUCUUGAGGGCAAGAGAGCCCAGAAAUUUCCAAGCACUAAGCUCGAGCUUUUCACGUGCCCGGAUCUGGUCGAUCCCAGGGGGAGUCGGUGGUUGCUAUAGAAGUUAGAGGGUUGUUACUUUUCACAGCCCUGAGAGGUGGGAUGGCCACGGUGUAUGGGGGUGGGGAGGUGGGUGCAAUCCGGACGGGCCGCCAGCUGACUAGCACUACUGAGGGCAUGCGGCCAGAGUUGCAACCUCGGCCCGUCCCCGCGAGCCAGUGUCUCCAACUGGCGUCGCGCCCACCUCGUCCUUCAGAUGGGGGUCCAGCUACGCCGGGCCUUGCAGCCAUACCCAGGAUGAAUGGGGGUGAGGAGAGGCCUUGGCAGAGCUCGGCCUCAGGAUCUCGUCCCGGUGGAGGUACAGCAAAGGGGAAGCCGUCUUACUGGCCUUUCCUCUGCUGAGAUCACGGGAAAUACGCGGGCGGGUCCAGUUGUGCUUCCGCACAGCUAGUUGUUGACAAAAGUAGGAAGACUGGCAGACAAGCGACCCAAUCAAAAGAGAGAUCGCAGGUGACAGUAGUUAAAGGCAUCAUCUACUGAAAGAGUAGGAGAAGAUGGCCACUCUGAACCAUACCAACUGUAAUUCAGCGUCACCAGCUGCUCUGGAGAAGACGAAGACUUCUGGUGGUCUUCGGAGCCCCCAGAUAGCCCAUGAGCCUCAUGACUUCGGUGGUUCCCUGCUUCUGCAACCAGGAAGGGAGAUUCAAUCAGAGGAUGAAGGGACUGCCCCAGCCGGCGAUGGCUCAAGUUGUAACAUUAGGGGUUCUCGAACCCAGAGCCCAGGGGGCUGUUCAGUGGAGGCGGUGCUGGCCCGGAAGAAACACCGUAGGCGGCCAUCAAAACGCAAGCGGCACUGGCGGCCAUACUUGGAGCUGAGCUGGGCUGAGAAGCAACAGCGGGAUGAGAGGCAGAGCCAGAGGGCCUCUCGGGUCCGCCAGGAGAUGUUCGCCAAAGGCCAGCCCCUGGCACCCUACAACACCACCCAGUUCCUUAUGAAUGACCGUGACCUGGAGGAGCCUAACCUCGAUGUGCUCCAUGGGCCCUCCCACGCGGACUCCGGUGGGGAGAAUGAAGCAGGGGACAGUGAUGGGCUAGGGCGAGCGCAUGGGGAAUUUCAGCAGAGGGACUUCUCAGAGGCCUAUGAGCGGUACCACACUGAGAGCCUUCAGGGCCGCAGCAAGCAGGAGCUGGUGCGAGACUACCUGGAUCUAGAGAGGCGUCUGUCCCAGGCUGAGCAGGAAACUCGGAGGCUUCAGCAGCUUCAGGGACGCCCCAGCAGGCAACCCUGCCAGCAGGUGGAAGAGCUGGCGGCUGAGGUGGAGAGGCUCCGAACUGAAAACCAGCGACUUCGGCAGGAGAACGAGAUGUGGAACCGAGAGGGCAGCUACUGUGACCGGGAGAAGACAGCCGCAGAAGGGACCCCUCGGCCCAAGGAUGAGGCCCCACUUCAGACCCGCUCGGGCCAGCUGGGUCACAGGGAGGCAGGUGACAGAUGAAAGCUACUCCCAGCAUACCUGUCUCCACUGAGAACUGCUAAGACAAGGUCAGAGUUUCCCUGCCAUUUUCACUGUUGGGUCUUUAUUGUCAUCUCACUUUUUACCAGAGCAAUUAAAUGGCCUUGUGAAAUCCA